GCAGAGGCGGGCAGCUCUGAAGUCUGAAGAACCACACCAUCCAGUUCAUCCUUACCCUUUUGUUCUCCAUCCAAACUUGCAGAUAAAGCUGGUUCCUCUCGCAGAGGAGGAAAGUGGGAUAGGUGUCCGUUCAUGGCUGGGUUGCAAAGGUCGGCGACGACGUUCAGAAGGUCCGGCUCCUCGGGCCUGGUCUGGGACGAGCGUUUCCUGACCGAGGCCGAGGCCGACGCCGAGGCGAAGGCCGGCGAUGGCGCCGCGGAGGAGCCCCAGCCGGAGCUCCGGCACUCCCGGAGCGUGGGGAGCAUCGGCAUGCUACGCCGUGGCGGUGCCGGUGGCAACGGUGACAACAAGAAGGCGAAGGCGAAGGCGAAGGAUCAGAAGAAGGGGCAUAAGGAGGACGCGCGCAGCAACCAGCAGGUGUUCCGGACCAAGGACGUGGCCCCGGACGUCGACCCGCCCUCGCCGCGGGUGUCCGGCUGCAUCCUCUGCUCCAUCUUCGGCGGCAGCUCCGGCUCCGGCUCCGGCGCCGGCACAGCACGCCGCCGGUCCAAGCCCAGGAAGAAGUGACGGCAUGCCGGUGUGGUGCAGCUGUUUCUUUCCCACUGUAAAGUUUGAGCCAUCGAUGUGAGUGCAUAUGUUUAUACUCCUAGUCAGUCAUAUGAGCUUGCUACUCGACAUACUACACCGUUUCGGUCAGUCAGGUUAGUAGUUCCUCUUUUCUUUUUUUUGGUCGGUUCCUUGAAUCUUGAUCCAGAUCCAUGCUUCGAGGCACGUUCAGAUCUUACGACUGGUAGUACUCAGCAGCUAUUGAGAUCUGGGAUUGUGUUGUUCUUGGCUUGGUGCAACCUUUUUUCUUUUUGUGCUCCGGCGCUGGUCCUCCUUGAUGAGCCUUUGAACCAUCUUGAUUGCUUC